AUGCCUUCUCUUUCGUCAUACACCCCCUUCGAGUCCCUGCUCUUCUUCCAGUCUCUGGCAACGCUAAAGAGCCGGCCGGAUAGCUUUGCGCCAGUCUCGGAGCUCCUGCGGAACAACCCUUUUGUGCAGCAGGAUGUUAAGUACGACGCGAACCGGCUGAGCCCGCAGGCCCUCGAGGAGCUAUACACGACCCUCUUGGUGGAUGGCUUCCGGUCUUCAGACGACGAGGCAUCGGAUCACAGCCAUAGCGCGCAGGAAGCUUCUAACCUGAAGAAGAGAAAACAUGCUCAAGCUGCGCAGGAUGGAACGGCGAGGUCACACUCCGCGGCCAUGCCGGACUUGGUCGAUAGGCUUUACGCUAGGUACAAGGAACGCGUGACAAGGGAGAUACGGCGGGAGGAACAGCGGUACGCCGAGAUCAAGGACGAGAUACGGCGCCUAGAGGCUGGCGAGGACCUGCAGAAACCACCUGUCACUAUUGGUUCGAACGUGGCACCUAGAUCAGGUGUUAGUGUUCCUGCAGUUGCUGCUACUGCUGCUGCACCGCCGAAGCCAGAGCUUGCGCGGGAAAAGGUACUCGGCAGGAUACCACAGGAGAGUGUACAGGUACCUUCUCAAACGCCCACUACUGCAGGCACACCACAAGGAAUACGGACUGUACAACCCACGGCGGGACCACCAGCAUCUACUGCCCCUCAAGAAGCUCCGAUCCCUUCUGCAUAUAACCUCAAACCGGCACCGUUGGCCAGCCCGGCACAGCAGCAACAACAACAGCAACAACAACAACCUCCCACCCAGACACCUCCACCUGUCAGCGCUCCAGGAGCUAGUAUAUACCCUAACAUACAACCGUUUCCCCCACCGGUUCACCCUACAACCACAGCUACAUCCCAAUCGACAUAUCAAACUACCACUCCACCUGUCCCACUUGCCAGAGUACCACAAACGCAACAACCCCCACCUCCACUACCGCCGAAUACCACUUGGAAUAGAACACCCCAAAUACCAUCUAAAGCAGUCCCUCAAACUGUCAAGUUUCAGCCUCUUUUAACUCCACAAACAAUUCCCCAGUCUUCAUACGGCCACGGUUCCGCCCGCUCUACACCGAAACCAGGCAACCAGGCCCGUAGCAAGACAACACCAACUCCUAAACCUCUUGCACCAAACAUCGAUAAACCCAGUAUUCCUCUUGCUCAAAACCCGCCUCUCUCAGCACCGCCAGCAAUAACACCCACGGCUGGCGGCGCUAGCACCCCUACUCCUUUACCAACAACCGCACAACCUACUACCACACCAGAUGCUACAGCUCUUGAGAAACUAAAAGCACAACUCCCUUCUUUUGCACAGUCAAUAGGCAGGAGACCACCGCGGCCUUCAUUGGUCACUUCCAGCGGUAAUACGCCGUGGAAGAUACCCGGCCCUAUAUCCCUACCUAAUGAACCCGGCUCCCCUGAACGGCCAAAGUCUGCAGAUAUCAGCCCUAUCAGCGACCGAGCUUUGUCACCUUCGGGCCAAGAAGAUGUAGAACAGUGGGCUGGGCAGGGGGCGCGCCGUAAACUAGACCUUAGCGGAGGCGCAGCUCCUCGUGAAAGCCCCAAGCAUGCGGGGGAUGCUGCUUCGCCUGGCAAUCUGCCUUCCGGACGCCCUAGGACACGCGGUCAGUCUAUCGCUUCACGCGGGGAGGAUACUGGCCGUCACAUCAAAAACGAGCUUCCAAGCACCCCGGUUGGUAUUACCGGAGAUGACAUGGAUACUGGCCAUUACCGUGCGAAGCGGAAAAGAAGCCCCAGUGGAUCAUUUUCUUUAGGACACGAACAACGGCCGUCCGACUGGUUGAGAGAUAGUCAAUAUGUGAUGUGCUCGCGGACGUUCGGUCGUACCUGCGGUCCGAUAAUGAACGACGUAGCUGCUCACAAGUAUGCGUCCAUCUUUGCCAAGCCAUUGACAAACCGUGAUGCGCCCGGGUACAGGGAUCUUAUAUACCGUCCUCAAGAUAUAAAGUCCAUCAAAUCCGCCAUACACCAGGGCAGUCGUGCCGUUGCCGCAGCUUCAGAAGCUACCCAAUCAGCUGAAGAAACUCCACCAGUGACAACAGCGAGUGCAUCAACCCCAGCAGCAACAGCGUCAGGAGCAGCGGCCCCAUCACCUAAGAGUAACGUACUCCUGGCCACCAAGUCGGCUGAGUUACUACCGCCAAAGGGAAUAGUAAAUUCCUCCCAACUAGAAAAGGAGCUGAUCCGCAUGUUCGCCAAUGCAAUCAUGUUCAAUCCUACACCAGAUCAUACGUUUGGCCCGGCAUUUCCCAUGCGAACGGAUUCUUCUUCUCGAGAGGGAACACGAAGCGCUGAACCAGAUGAGGGAGGUAUUAUCAACGACACGCUAGAGAUGUACGAGGAUGUCGAGAAGGCAAUCUCUACAUGGCGUUCCGCUGAACGUCCCAUGGAUGACGCAGGCGGCAAGGCCUUUUUAGCCUUGAAGAGAGGGACUCCAGUGGAUUCUAACGAUGCAGAUGAUUGA